AUGGAGUACCCCAAGCUGCUCGGUCCUUCACAGGGGGGUGUCUACACAAUUCAUCUUGGCACAAAUGAAAACCGAAUUGACUUCGAAUUCAUCCAAGACAUUGAGCAGCUUCUAACAAUAAUAGAGGCCAAAGACGGCCCUACAGCCUGCGUAAUAACGGGCGAAGGAAAGUUCUUUAGCAACGGCCUCAAUCUUGACGUUCUAAUGGCGCAGCCGAAGGAGCUUUUGGGGUCUUUUCACUGCCUUCUCAGCCGCCUGCUUACCUUUCCAGUUCCCCUCGUAGCAGCCAUCAACGGCCACGCAUUUGCAGGAGGAGCCAUGCUUGCCCUUGCUUGCGACUUUCGCGUCAUGAACAGAAAAAGAGGCUUUUUGUGCAUCAACGAAGUAGACAACGGGCUGCCUCUGACGCCAGGCAUGUGCGCAAUUGUUAAAAGCAAAAUCGACAGAAGUUUGUGGGCCCCUACGAUUCUGGGGGCCCGCAGAUGGACUGGCGAAGACUGCCUUCGAAACCGCAUAGUGGACGCGGCCUGCGAGCCAGGCGAAGUGCUGCAGCAAGCCCAAGCCUUGGCUGCUCGCGAAGCUCCCAGAGGAGCCAGCAAGCUUCUGUACAAGGGAUUAAAAGAAGAAAUGUUUGCUGAAGAAAUAAAACUCCUGAGCUCGGGAGUUGGCGGCGUCAUGCAAGUUGUUCCCCAAGUUGCAAAAGUCUCAAAAAUGUGA